UCUGGAAAGAAAACAUAUCUUAAGAUUGAACAGAAAAACUAUUAUGAAAGACACCAAGCUCACAUUUGUUAAAUGACUUUGUGCUCUUGAAAAGAAAUGUAUGAAAAGCACAUUGCCAACUGCUCUGCAUGAUAUCCUUUGUUUGGAUUUUAGACACAGCUUGACUGACAACAGAGAUCCUGAAUAAGAGACUCUUUGGAUGCUGAAAAGUCUUUUAAAGAAGGUGAUAUACUGAUUUCAGAGAAGAAUUUCAACACUGUUCUGUUGAAGGUUACACUCAGCCCUGAACCACAUUACUUUCCUGUCUAAGUUUCAUUUCCUGGGGGCUUGCCAAGCGAUAAACAGACCCAGGCAUGUGUGGUAGAUUUGAGGUUUUUUAGCACGAAGUGGGAGGCUGGAGUUUGCUUUAAAAUAUCAAUUGACUUUGUGAUCAUUAUGGAAAUGCUGGCCCACGGUCUUCAAAAGACAAUGGAGAAAAAAUGGAAAUACUGUGCUGUCUGUAUCAUCCAGAUACAUUUUAUCAAGGGAGUUUGGGAACAAACUUUCAAUACAGAAGAAGACAUUUAUGCUCCACUUGGCUCUGAUGUCAACCUGACCUGCCAAACACAGAAGAUAGGCAUCUUGGUGCAGAUACAGGACUUUAGUAUUUCCUGUAAGACAAAUCUAUUUGCAAUGAAUUCUAAAGCACUUUACAAACCAAUCGGAGAUUCAUGUAUUUUCUACCUUAUGUUUGUUACAGUUACACCAGAUGAGUGGAAAAUCAACCAUACAAUAGAAAUAGAGAUAAAUCGGACUCUGGAAAUACCAUGCUUUCAAAAUAGCUCCUCAGAAAUUUCAUCUGAGCUCACCUAUGCAUGGUUGGUGGAAAACAGCAGCACAGACUCUUGAGUCCUUCUUUAUAAGGGCAUAAAGGAACAUAAUAGAACUCAGGAAACACUUCUCAUCAGCAAUUCCACAUUAUUUAAAGAUAGAGUCAAGCUUGGUACAGACCACAGACUCCACCUCUCUCCAGUCCGAAUCUUUGAUGACGGGCAGAAGAUCUCUUGCCGCAUCAGAGUCAGUGCUGACAAAAUCUUGAGGAGCUCCACCACUGUCAAGGUUUUUGCUAAACCAGAAAUCCCUGUGAUUGUGGAAAAUAACUCCAUGGAUGUCUUGGUAGAGAGAACAUUUACCUGCUCACUAAAGAAUGUAUUUCCCAAAGCAAAUAUCACAUGGUUUAUAGAUGGAAGUUUCCUUCAUAACGAAAAAGAAGGAAUAUAUAUUACUAAUGAAGACAGAAAAGGCAGAGAUGGAUUUUUGGAGCUGAAGUCUGUUUUAACAAGGGUGCAUAGUAAUCAGCCAGCCCAAUCAGACAACUUGACCAUUUGGUGUAUGGCUUUGUUUCCAGUUCCAGGAAAUAAAGUGUGGAACAUCUCAUCAGAAAAGAUCACUUUUUCCUUAGGCUCUGAAAAUUCCCCAACAGACCCUCCAUUGAGUGUUACAGAAUCUACCCUUGACACCUUACCUUCUCCAGCCAGCAGUGCCUCACCUACAAGAUAUCCGGCUACAUCUUCAGUGACUCUUGGAGAUGCGAGAGCCUCGAAGCCAAACAGCGCUCCUCACUCCAGCACUUCCAUUGUGACAACCCGAGGCUUCAGCUACCCCCAGACCUCCAGUGGGACAGAUGCCAAAAAAUGUGUUUCGCGGAUACCCCAUGAAACACACAGUUCAUCUCCCUCAGGUGCAGGCUCAACACUUCAUGACAAGGUCUUUACCAGCUCAGCCAGAGCAUUUUCCGAAGUCCCCACAACUGCCAAUGGAUCUACGAAAACUAAUCACAUCCAUAUCACUGGUAUUGUGGUCAAUAAGCCCAAAGAUGGAAUGUCCUGGCCAGUGAUCAUAGCAGCCUUACUCUUUUGCUGCAUGGUGUUGUUUGGCCUUGGAGUGAGAAAAUGGUGUCAGUAUCAAAAAGAAAUCAUGGAAAGACCUCCCCCUUUCAAGCCACCGCCACCUCCCAUCAAGUACACUUGCAUUCAAGAGCCCAACGAAAGUGAUCUGCCUUGUCAUGAGAUGGAGACCCUCUACUCUCAUGAGACUUUGCCCCACAGCAGAACUCUGCUGGAAUCCUAUUGAGAAGGUAGACGCUGUGCUUUAUUAAUAUAGUCACUCUUCAGCCAC